AUGUACAGUCGGAGGGAGUCUUAUGAGACGGCUUCCAGCUUCGGCUAUGGCUCGUCUAGCUGUCAAAGGAAUCGCCGGAAAGAGCGGCUGAAUACGGAACUUCUGAAGGCCACCUCCUGCCUCGAAACGGAUCAGGUCUUGAGCUUGUUGUCCCAGGGAGCUUCACCGAAUGCAAGAUGUCGAGUGAGCUUAAUAACUGCUGGUCACAUCGCAGCAGCAAAGGGCCAUGACCAAAUUCUCUCGAUACUGAUCAGCGCUGGUGCAGACCCACAACUUCGGGACAACGCCGGUCGCCAACCGCACCAUCUAGCAGCUGCGGCUGGCAAUUUCUUAGCCCUUCGGACGCUUCUCCGUUCAGAUAACCAAUUGAUCAAUUCUCCUGUUAUACCACAACUUAAUCAAAACAUAGACAUAGAUACUAUUGAUUCAUGGAACCAUCAUCAUGAGGAAAAUCAGGAAUUGUUAUUUGAAGAAAUCGAAAUGGGCUAUUGUGCUCUACAUAUUUCAUCAAAGCGAGGUGACCUAAAAUGUGUUGAACUCCUACUGUCAUUAGGCGCUAACUUGAGCAUACACGACGGAAAAGGCUUAUCACCUCUAGAUGUUGCGGGCAUUCAGCCAAUAUCUUCAGAUGAAUGCGAUACAUGUCAAACAAGAGAUAGCGAAACGAAUGAAAGUGAAAUUCACAAGGUGAUGAAAAGUUUAAUUGAUGGUGGCGCACAAAUGCCAAAAGCUAAUAUAAUCUUAAAGGAAGGAUAUGUAGCGAAUCAGCGCAGGAAGGGAGUGACAGCACUCCACACAGCUGUGAGGAACCAAGACCUUCAUUUGACGGAGUAUUUGUUGUCAAAGGGCGCCUGCCUGAUGACCUGGGACGAGGAUGGCUUAUCGCCCGUACACGUAGCAGUGAACCUCUCUUCAUCUACACUAUUGAGGAGCAUGCUCAGCUUUACUGGGUCAAUAACAGCUAUAAGGGAUGCUAAGGGAAGAACCCCACUGCACUUGGCCGUUGAUAAUGGUUGGGCAGACGGUGUGGAAAUACUUUUAGAGGCUGGUUCAAUUGUAUCAACUACAACAAAUUAUAACCAAACUGUCCUCCAUAUCGCCUCUGAAAGAGGUAGAUUCUGCAUUCUUGAAGAACUUCUUUCUCUAAGGGAAACUGAGCAGAUUUUGGAGAGCAGAAACUGCAAUCACGAAACUCCUCUCUGUUGUGCUGUUAAAAAUAACCAAGUGAAUUGCGUGAAGCUACUCAUUUCCAAAGGUGCUGAUACAACAUUUAUGUUACCAGGUGAUCUAACUCUCCUUCACUUAGCAGUACGUAAUAACUCUCGAGAAAUAUUACAAUGCUUGCUGGAGAGUCCAGGAAUAGAACGUAAGAACGUCAAGAGCAAAGACGAAAGAAGAGGAAUGACACCCUUGCAAAUUGCUGCACAACAAGGUUUUGCUGAAUGUGUAAAAGAAAUGUUAUGUGUUAAAGUUGAUAUAUUUUUGGAAACAGAUGGACAAACGGCUCUCCAUCUUGCAGCAAAAUCAGGACAUCUAGAAGUGGUCCAAGCUUUAAUUAGUUAUGAUCAAAACAUACUAGAAGUUAAGAAUAAAGCUGGGUGGUUUCCGCUCCACAUCGCUGCCGGGCAGGGGCAUAGCGAUUGUGUUCGCUACAUGUUAUUAAUGGGUGCCGACAUAUCUGCGACAGUACCUAAUGAUUCAAGAAAAAACACGGCCUUAGACAUAAUUCUGUACUGUGUACCAAAGCCUGUUGAAUUUUUAGAAGAUAUAUUUAAUUGUUACAUUACAAUCAAUAAUUUUCCAGUUCACGACUUAGAUUGUGAAAUAGAAUUAAAGUAUGACAUCCUUAUGCCAAAGGGAGAAUAUGAAAAACAACUCAAGGUAAUUGACGCUAUUAUCAAUUGUGGAAAAGAAUCCCUAGAAAAAAAUCUUCUUUCGCACCCACUAACCGAAAGUUUCCUCUACCUUAAGUGGAUGAAAUUGAGGACCUAUUUCAUUCUGAUGAUAUUAUUAUACACCACAUUAACUAUAUCGAUAACUACCGUAUCACAUAUAACGUUCAUCGAAAAAAGUAAGACUACAUUAAAUUUGGUUUUAUCGAUGUCAGCUAGGGUUGUAAUGUUCCUCUGUCUCAUACCUAUAAUAACUGUUGAAAUAAUCAACGCAAGUCAAUUAAAACGUUAUUAUAUCCUUGAUAGUGAAUCUUGGGUAAAAUGGUCCGUUAUCAUUAGCGCCUGCAUAUUAGAAACAUUAAAUCCGAAAAUCUACUGGAUACAUUACCUAGCUUCCGUAACUGUGCUACUUUCUUGGAUUGAGCUUCUCUUUUUAAUCUCUCGGUGGCCAACAUGGGGUUUUUAUGUCUUAAUGUUUUCAAGAGUAGCUUCCAAAGUUAUUAAGGUACUGAUAACGUUUGGAUUUUUGAUGAUUGGAUUUGCUUUCGCGUUCCAGAUUCUUUUUGAAGCAAGUAUCCCAUUCAGAAAUAUUCUUGAAGCUAUCGUGAAAGUUAUUGUCAUGAUGAAUGAAUUUGAUUAUGAAAGCAUGUUCGAAAAUAUUCAUGAGCCCACAGCAUUCUUUGUAGUAGGAAGACUCAUGUUUGUAACGUUUGUAUUAUUGGUUGCUAUGGUUAUGAUGAACCUUAUUGUUGGUCUCUCUGUGAAUGAUAUAUCACAGUUGGAAGCACAAGGGCGGACCCAGCAAUUAGCCAAACAAGCAGGAUUUCUUAGCUUCCUAGAGCUUUGCUUAUAUUCCAAGAGACUCGAUUCUCUUCCCCAAAAAUGGAGGAAAGCAUUAUCAGAACGGAGGUCUGUCACAACUACAAUUACAAUUAUUCCUGCAAGACAUUCCCAGUCAAAUGUUAUAUUACCAAAGAGUAUCAUAGAAAAUAUUUUGAACAAUAUUAGCAGUAGGCAAAAUAAAGCUAAUAUAAGUAACAGUCUCCAGAAUAUUUACAACAAAAUUGAAACCAUUUCUCAAUUAUUUCGUACUCUCUCGAAAGAAAAUUUAUAUGAGAACACAGAGAUUAAAAAUUUUAAAGGAAUGCUUGAGUCAAUAUUAGAAGAACAGAAAUCACUAAAAGAUUUAAUUAUGAAAAAAUAAUGCAAAUGGAAUUCCGAUUUACGCAAGACAAGUAAAUAAAAAUGUAUAAAUAGGAAAUCAUGAUUCUUUAAUUUAUUUAUGUCAACCUGUACUUCCAAGAAUUAGAAUAUUCAACUAAUGAAUAAAGGUCCAGUUGAAGAUUUGUCUGAACUUAAAAUUGCAGAAUAAGGAGUUUGAAUUCAAGUGAAAAUUGUCCAAUGAAAGUCCCUGCUACCAGAUUCCCUCAAAUACCAGAGCGAAAUAAAAAAUACUAUAUUUUCACAUCACUUAUAAUUCAAAAAACCGUCGAAAUUUAGAGAAGAGGACAAAACUGAAGUUUAUUUUCGUCAUAUUAUGGAUCUUCUUAGAAUAUGGGAUUUGCCGUCUUCAGAAGAACAGGCAAUUCAAUAUUUUCAAAAUUUUGGGAUACUUGCAGACGUGAAAUUGUGUGA